AUGGAUGAUAACAUUGAUUUAGACAAUGAUAAUAUCUGCGGUGUUUGUUACGCCGAAUUUCUCGAUGUCGAUGACUUAAAACUACACAUAAAGCAAUAUCAUUUAAAUGAGACGAAUAAAAGUAGAUUCUGUAAGUUUUGCUCGAAGAUUUUUAGUGAUAUAUGGUCAUUUGUGAUACAUUUUCGAAACUGCCAUCUUAUUACAAUUCGAAUCUGUAAAUACUGCACGAGAGUGUUUAACGACGAUAAAACUUUAUCAAAACACGAAAAGAAGCACAAAAGAUCGUUAUAUUAUCCGAAAAUAUCGUGUUCUCAAUGUAGGAAAGUUUUUAAAGAUAAUAAAGAAGUGGAAGAUCAUGAAUAUGAAAGACACAGAGAUAGGGAUGAUGGUAUGCUUUUACAGUACUGUUACCCAGAACUUUCGGCGGCUAUAAAUUUUAACGCACGGAAAUUCUUUCAAAGCUUAGAAGAGCAUUUUAUGUAUAGCUGCGUUGUUUGUGAUCUGUCUACUAUCGAUGUGAAUGAGUACGUCAAUCACCUCCAAAAAAAGAAAUGUCAGUCAUAUUCCUGUAACGUAUGCUGUAAUACGUACCCGUGGAAGUCGAGGCUGGAGAAUCACUGCAAAACCCAUCAAAUGCCCAAAUACACCAUUUUGUCUGGUAGCAAAAAAUGUCCUAAAUGUGACCAAUACUUCCAACUUUCAAAAAUUAAGACACAUUCAAAGGAGUGUAAAAGCAUGAAAUGCAUUCCAUGUGAUAUGCUGUUUGAUUCGGUCGAUAACUUUGCGAUUCACGUCAGUACCCACUGCCAACGCAAUCCGGUACAGUUUGAAAACUGCAAGUACUGCCGUCGUCCAUUCAUUGCACCGACCCAGCUUAAGAAACAUAUUAAACGAGCGCACACACAUAAUAUACAUCUAUAUAAAUAUUGUUGUAUAUAUUGUGAUAUACUUUUCAGGCAUCCAAAACAGUUAUUCGGACAUUUUUUUACGAAACAUAGAGAUAUUAAUCCUUAUACAUGCAAAAUUUGUAAUACAGGAUUUAGGAUUAGGAAGAAUUUCACGUUACACAUAAAGUUAGACCACAAAAGUGUGGGUUUUGUCGAGUUUGAUAGUAAUUAUCAUGUGUUUUUCAACGAUAAGAAAUCUGAAAAACCAUUUCAACCGAAAAAUCCUUAUUUAGCUGAUUUAUCAGAUAAAAAUUCUAAUAAACGAAUUAAAGAAACUGUGGUCAAGAAAGAACUUUCUUCUGAUGAUAAUAUUUACAAAGGCACAUCAUCUUAUAAAGAAAAUACAGAUCAAACAUCUGGAGCAAAUGAAACACAAAAUCAAGAAAAUACAAUAAAUAUAAUUGUUAAGGAAGAUAAAACUGAAAAUUUUAAUGAAACUACUAAUGAGAAAACAACACCUCAAACAGACACUAAAACCUCUGAAAAUACAGAUGCAACACUCAAAGACCAAGAAACCCAACCAAAAGGUAACAAGGAUUUAGAAAAACAAACAGCACAAAAAUCAGAUCCGAAGACAACUAAAGAUGAGGUACAUAAAUUAAUAGAAGUUGACGAACAAACACCAGCUAAAAAUGUAGAAGUGGGUAUAAAUUGUAAUUCAGAUUCUAUGCACAUCACUGAAGCUGAAGGCGAUAAUGAUAAUAGACGCGUUCAAAAACGUAAACAUAAAAGUCAAAUUGACAAACCUAGGAAGAGAUCUAAAAUUAAAUCGCAAAGCGAUUGUGAAUCCUCCGAUUCCGAUGUACCUUUGUCUAAAAUUGUGAAUAAGUCUAAAAAAGGUAGACGCUGGAAAGUGACAAAAAGGUAUAAGAACACGAAAGAUGCUUCUAGCAGUAAGAAAACUAAGUUUAUCUGCUUGAAAUGUGACCGCAACUGUUACACAUACCAAAAUUAUCACAGGCACAUGAACUUACACAUGAAGAAUGGUAAGAAGGUGUGUGUGAAGUGCUUCGCUAAGUUUAAAACUAAAGAGGAACUCAACAAUCACAUAAAAACCGAACACUCAAGUUCUAAGCUCACAGAGACCUUAAAGAAGUUAUUGGACAAACGCAAGAGUAGUGAAACACAAAAAACCAAAUUGCCCGAGAAUUUGUUUUCAAAAACGAUUCAUAAGGUUCAGUUUGAAGCUCCUGCGUCUCAAGCAACUAUAAACAAAGUGUUAGAAGAUAAAUUGUCAGUCAAGAAAUUCUUAGAGACGUUCAAACCAGAUGCUAAUGAUGGAACAACUAAAAAGAUAUCAAUAUCGAAUAGCUUAUCAAUCCGACCUGUAACGAACGUCAGAACUGAGCCAAUAAUAAAAAUGAAUAAAUUCAAGCAAGACCUAGAACAACAAAUAACGCAUCGGCCACAACUACGAAUGCCAGUCAAGUUUAAAGAGGAAUCUGUACAAGAUUAUCACGUUUCAGUUAAAUUGGUAGAAUGCGAAUAUGUGGCUCCGGCAUUAAAUUUUGAUAAUGAAGUCACUGUUUCCGAUGAUUAUGUAGAUCACAUCGAAACAGAUAAUAUACAAAAUAAAGCAGAAGUAAUACCGGAAGUCGGUCGCGAGAUACUUCUAGGAGAAUCGCAAGCGAACAAAACUAAGGUACUGAAAAAGACCAUAGACCUAAAAGAUUUAAUUUCUUAUGAUAAAGUGAGGAUAGGACAUUUAGCGCCGCAAGCUCCCUAUUACAAAAUAGUUAAAAUAGAAGAAGUUUUACAAGAUAAACAGAAAAAAGUCGAGCCUCCAAAAGAUAUUAACAUAACUCUACCAAAUGGUACUAAGCUAGUUAGCGUUAAUCCAUUAGCACAUCUCCUAAGCAAAAAAACCGUUGCAGAUAUCCCAAAAUCAAAUACGUAUAAUAAAAAACCGAAUAACAAUAAAGAUUUUAGAGAAGCGAUAUUAAAAGCGAUGAAAGUUUUGGAAAAAACGCCGCCGAAACGAAAGUCUGUUAAAAAAGGUGCAAUUUUUAAAUGA